UUUCUUCGCUGACGGGACGCCAAAGCUGCGCGGUCGGUAAUGCAUGUGCCCUUGUCUCCUGUCAUCCCGGUAAACCAGUUAUACAAGUCGGUAAGUCCGCGCUCUUCUGGGGAGCCGGCGGCGGAGUCACCACGGCUAAGGCACAAGGGUUGAGAGACUAAAAACUCCUGUCAGCUGCUGCCAAGGCUUUGCGGUGCCAUGAUGAAGAAAGUUGUGGCGGCUGUCCUGCUGUUUUUGCUGCUAUUCUUCACGCCGCAUGCAAAGGCAACGCGCUACAGCCCGCCAGGGAAACCCACACUGACCAGAUGUCGCUCUCCUGAAAAAGAGACCUUCACCUGCUGGUGGGAGCCAGGCUCUGACGGGGGACUGCCCACAACUUACGCUCUGUACUAUCGCAAAGAAAAUUCUGACGCAGUGUACGAGUGUCCUGACUAUCACACAGCCGGGGAGAACUCCUGCUUCUUUAACAAGAACGAUACGUCCAUCUGGGUCAACUACAACAUCACUGUAGUGGCCACCAACACACUAGGCAGCACCUUCUCCGACCCUGUGGAUAUAGAUGUGGUCUACAUUGUCAAGCCUAAUCCUCCAGAGAAGGUGACAGUGGCUGUAAUGGAGGACAAGGACUGGCCCUUCCUCCGGGUGUCAUGGGAAUCGCCACACAAGGCUGACACCCGCUCAGGUUGGAUCACUCUCAUCUACGAGCUCCGCAUUAAGUUGGAGGGAGAAGAUGAAUGGGAGAUGCACCUUGCAGGCCAGCAGAAGACGUUUAACAUUUUCAGUCUGCGAUCAGGUGGUACAUACCAUGUCCAGGUGCGCUGUAAGCCCGAUCAUGGUUUUUGGAGUGAAUGGAGUUCCACCUCCUACAUCAAAUUUCCUGACUAUUUCCAUCGAGAGAAGUCAAUGUGGAUCCUCAUUACGGUCUUCUCUGCCUUCAUUUUCCUCAUCCUCAUAUGGCUGUUACACAUGAACACCCACAGAAGUCUGAAGCAUUGUAUUCUGCCACCAGUCCCUGGUCCUAAAAUCAAAGGAUUUGAUAAGCAGCUUCUCAAGAAUGGCAAGUCUGAGGAGGUCUUCAGUGCACUGGUGGUAUCUGAUUUUCCGCCAACCACAUCAUCCAAUUAUGAGGACUUGCUGGUGGAGUACUUAGAGGUGUAUGUCCCUGAGGAACAGGAGCUCAUGCUGGAGGAAAACAAAGAUCUACACGAUAGUUUCCUCAAAUCUGAGGUCUCCACAUCUGAUAACGACUCCGGCCGGGGCAGCUGCGACAGCCACACUCUACUGAUAGAUAAGUGUGGAGAGGCAAAAGAGGAAGAGAGGCAAACAGAUCAGGAAGAAAGUCCAACGGAGACAGAGACGCAGAGGCAUCAGAAAGACUGGGAUGAGGACCCGCUGACCUAUGCUCAUGAAGACAUGGUAAGCCCUGACAUGUCCAGUGGAAGGGUGAAGACCUGGCCUUCUGUGUUUUCUCCAUUGCCUCAGUACAGCUUAAGUCCACUGGACCAAACAAGAUCACUUGUGAUGGCCAAACAGCACUGCCUCUCCGACAUCCUGUUCCCCCCAGGCUCCAGUUCCUCCUACCUCACCCAACCUAGCACCAAGGAGGCUCUUGGACCGAGCUACCGGGACUUCUGCUUGAGCAACAAGCCACCUCAUUCCCUUCCUGUUCCCCAGAUGCAGGCCCGCAAGCAACUCCAGUCCCACAGCGAUGUCAACAUCUCCAGCAUCGGCCGUAAACAAGCACCCGUUGGUCAGCAGUCAUCUGCUCUCCAGCCCACUGAGUACGUCGAAGUCCAGAGGGUCAAUGAGGAAGAUAUGGUGCUACUCCAGCCCGUUAUGUCAGACCAUGGCUGUGUUGAAGGCUGCCCGCAGACACACCAGGGGGAGAACUACAGCAAGGUGAAGGGUGUUACCAGCGACAACAUGCUACUGCUCCAGAGAGAGGUGAUAGAAGAAGAGAUGGACAGGUUCCCAUGUGAGGACCUGGAGACUAGUGGAGCAGAGAGGUGCUACACAUCGUCCAUCAUUACCACCACCCAGAAGCCUACGGGUUGCAAUCACACUGCCACACCGGUCCUGGGCGAAAUGGCCCUGGCAGCAAGUGGUUAUGUUGACACUGCCACCAUGUCUGCACUGCCCACUUACUAGGUGCUCCAUAAGCCCAACUGGCAGGUCUGGGACAUUGCAAGACCUGUUUUAAGCCAGGGACUGAGACAAAAACACUAACACUGGAUGAUUCCUGCAAAACUGGACAAUAUUUUGCUGUCACAGAAUUACCGUUAUUUAUUUUUCAUCUUACCUAAGAGACAACUGUUCACUGAUUACACUGAAGUGACACUGAUUUUGAGAAUCCAAAAGAUUUUGAUUGAGUGAUGUGAAUAAUAACUGCCAUUCAACUUUAUGAAUAUGAUUGAUUGUAUAAAUUAUGUGGUACUACCUGUAAUUAUGAUUAAUUAUAUGUCAUAAAUCUGUUACUCAGUCACAGGAACGUUUUCAUGUCAUGAACUUUUUUUUUUAAUAUAUUUCGUGAGAUUUACUGAUAUAUACUGCUGUGAGUAUCUGUUAAAAUGAUGAUUUGUAUAAAAUCUAAAUUGCAGGAAGCUCAUACGUCAAAUGUUUUUAUUUUGCUUCAGUUUUUGUAUGUGUGUAUUUUCCUUGCUCCCUGUAGAACACUGUAUCUCAAAGCUGCUUGCUGGAUCCCACUCACACAUACACACACAUACUGAGAAAGUGGAUGUAUUGCUCUAUUUUUCAUUCAGAGACUAUUUUGUGUAUAUACAUUUAUUACUGCUUUGAUCAGCUAAAUAAAUUUUAAAAAAUCAAAAAUAUAUGUAUAUUUCUAUGUAUCUCACAUUUCUACAUAUAUUUCUACAAAGAGGUUUAGUUUUUUGGAUGGGAAAAUUGUGUCAUGAUACUUGGUUGGCCAUGUACAACACUAAUCUUAAGUGACUCCGUCUCUGUUGUGUAACAGUGAUAAAUUGCUUUGUGUGUAUAUGUAUCUAUGUAUAGCUUUGUAAACAGUCAACCGCCCAUACACAAAAUGCAAUUUGAAAAAGCACUCAAAUCUUUUUGGACAGCCUGUCGUAAAAAAUCAUGCUUGUAAUAAAUUUACAAUAUACAGUA